UCACUUACGGUUAUUGCUUUUGAUGUACACAAUCAGCACACGCACACCCACAGCACAGACACGCACACCCACAGCACAGACACGCAUACACACAGUAUGCAUGAGCACACACACUAUUGCCUUCAUAUGAAAUACACAGGGGUUAUGUGUAGUUAUGACGGCAAAAUGUUUUGUUUUGUUCAAGUGCAAUGUCUGCACAUGUAUACCCCACACGGUGUAAAAAACAAUAGUCUCAUCUCUCACAUAAUGGGAUCUAAGUAUCAUCUUUCUGUUUUUCUUUGUCGACUGUUCCUCUCUGAGGAUGUUCCUCUCAUGCAAAUUAUUUAUCGACUGUUCCUCUCAUGCAAAUACUUAGUACAUCUGGCCCUCAUCAAGAGAAAAACCCCAUUCAAAAUGUGUGGGAGACAUGGUUGUUUAUCCGUCUCUUUGUUAUGUAACUGGCUCUUUGUUAUGGUCUUCACUGGGAUGUGAGGCAGCAGCGAGCUCUAGUGGUGAGAUAGAAACAUUACAUAUCUUCAGGGCACUUGUUUUUAAUGGGACAUACAGUAUUACAGCUCCAUGCUUGUGAUGUUAUUAUUGUUGUUGUACUUUCAACACACCGGCUUACACACAGAAUCAACUUUCAAUUUAUGAUGUUUAGAACUUAUAUAUAUUUUUUCUUUUAUUAUGAAUUAGGCUGCAGGCCUAUAUUGCAGAUGGGGUGUUUUUGGUCAUGUAGCCUACACUGCGUGAUGCUGAUGAUCCAUUCUGAGAAAUGCUUCUUAUGUCAUAGGCUAUGAAAUGUUACUAUUACCUAAGUAAUGCCCACAGUUCUAACAUCAGAGUACUGUUGGCCUAGGCUACUAAUUCAUAGAAACACAUACACAUUGGAAUGCGACCAAUUACACACCUAGCUCACCUUGGAACUCUGAGAAAGAGAAUAGCUUGUUGUCGGUUAUUUGACGUUUCCAGAGAGAGAGAGAGAGAGAGAGAGAGAGAGAGAGAGAGAGAGAGAGAGAGAGAGAGUGUGUGUGUAGGGGAGGGGAGGGGAGGGGAGGGCAUGUGUAGAUAAUAGUGCAUCUCAUCAAAGCUCAUUCCAACCAGAGGCUCCAUUCUCCCCUCAGUAGAAUAGCUGCGUGCACACAGACCAGCAGGAGCUCCUCUGUUUUCUCUUCUCCUGUCCAGAGGUCAUACCAGGCUAUUGAUAGUACAGUACCACUAUUAUUAUUAUUAUUAUUACUACUAUGACUUCAAAUCAAUAGUCCAGAUGGCAACUAUGUGUAGAAUACCAGUUUUUCCUCACCUCCUGCAGGAUCGGUGUGUGGACACAGGUCUGUCUCUGUCUCUGGGCAGGAGUGUAAUGGCCGAGCCGGACUAUCUGGAGGGGGACUGUGAGGAGCUGAUCAAACCCAAGAAACUGUUGAACCCAGUCAAGGGCUCCAGAAACCACCAGGACCUCCAUCGAGAACUCAUGAUGAACCAAAAGAGGGGCCUAGCUCCCCAGAACAAACCAGAGCUCCAGAAGGUACUGGAGAAGAGGAAGAGAGAGCAGGUCCUCAAGGCCCAGAGGGAGGAGCAGGAGGCCCACACCAAGAGGAGCGACCUGGAGAUAGAGCUCAUGAAGAGACAACAGAAACUAGAACAGCUUGAGUUGGACCAGCAGAAGGAUGAGGAGGAGCAGGAGAACACCCCUGAGUUUGUGAAGAUGAAGAGCAACCUGAGAAGGACCAAGCAGGAGGCCAAUGGGGAGGAACUUACCACUUAGGGAGCCACGGGUGGUGUGUUUGUGUGUGUGGAAAAAUAGAAAGCAACUGUGUACUGUACAUAAAGGAAUGUUUGUGCAUAUGUGAGUGUGUGUGUCUGUGUGCAGAUUCAAUGGCACAUGUUAUCUGAUAUGGACUUCCUGAUUUAUCUGACCCUGUUGAGAAAGACUUAAAGACUACAGACCAAUUUGUCUGCCCACUACAGACCAGCAGUACUACAUACCUCUUUGUCUGUCCACUACAGUACUCCCCUCACCACAGUACUCGCCUCACCUCAGCCAGAGAGGAGACUUAGCCACCUGUACUCACCUCAGCCUCUCCACUCAACACACGGACGGAGAGGAGACUUAACAUGAACGUGCUACACGUGAAGAACAGCCAGUCAAUCUUCUGGGGAGGUCUGAUGCAGGGACCAACAGAACCAACACAGAGUUUCCAUUCCCUCUGUCUCCUGUCUUCCCCUCUGUCUCCUGUCCACCCUUCUCUCCAGCCACAGAAAGCUCUCCUUUAUGUUGUUGUUGUUUUCAUUAUCAGAACCCAGAAUGGAAAAGCGGACACUGGAUGGACUCUUGAAGCUGUGUUUUGUAAAAAUGCCAAAUUAAUGUACUGUUGUUAUUUAUGUUUAUGUUUUUAGUAUUUUAGCCCCAUGUAGGGAGAUAUAGACAUCUCAGAUUAGUUUUACAGCUCAGUGUGUGGAGCGUGAACAGAGGGAUAUACUACAAAGCAGGAUCAAUGAGUCAGCCAGCUAACUUUGAUAAACAACCAGAAAUAACUUCGAUUUUCUGGUUAAUUAAGAAAUUCAAAUUUUAGAUAUGUGUUUUUGGUUGUUAAGUCAAUUAGAGCAUGCCAUUUCAAAAGUAUAAAAAAGGUAAGUUAUUUCAGAAUAUUUGGGCAAGUUAGCUGGCCAAGUCAUUGAUCCUACUUUGUAGUAUAUCCCUCAGGAGAGGACAAGUGUGUUUUUGUGU